UUAGAAAAAAACGUUCAACGGUGGUCCUUCAUUGGUCCAAUACGUUGGAUCAUUGGUCCAAUGAAAGUCCAAUCAAUCGUUCAACGGGAGGCCAACACGGGACCUUCGUUUGCCGAUUUUGAAACAGACCGUUGAACCGAAUGCCAUUUUUUUCGUUCAACAAACCCGGCAGACAGAGGUCCAUUGUUGAGCCAUUUUUAACAUGAGAAGUUGGAGCCCCGUUGGACUAGUUUUACUACAGAAUUCCUGAAGUUUUUUCCACUUAUUUGUUUAAACUAACAAUACAUACCUACACAAUACUUCUACUUCACGUAGAAUAACAACAAAUUUUCUUUCUAUGUAAAGGUAACACUUAAUUUUCACACUAUUUUUGCAAGAGAAAAAACAACAACAAACCGUUCCAGCAAAUUGAACGAAUAUUUCGUGCAAUAUGUCGUUCAACAAACCAACAAAAUUGAACGGCCUGCUGAGAGGGUACCGAUAGAAAGGAAUCAAAACAAAAACUCUAAAAAACAUAGACGUUUGCGAAACAUAUAACGACUUUUUUGGUUUAUGGAUUAAGAAUUGAAGUUAUCACAGUAUUCCGCUUGAAUGUCUCGAAAAUCUGUCGGGCAAACUUCUCAGCCCAUGUAUGUCCUAGAGGAAUCGUUUUACCCGGACGCCUGGCGCGACGAUUCCCGAAUGGGAGUGCUGCUUGCUGAAUUUCGCGUUCGAUCUGUUAACCCGGAAAAUUACGAUUCAAAAAUGAAGUUUUGGAAAGAGAUGAUACACAGAUACUGCGAUCACAAAGGCUCUGGGGUAGUGUCGAUCAGCGAACUCAAAAAGGUGUUCAAACGAAAAGGAACCAGCCCUUAUUGCUUGCAGGACGUUUUCGAUGAUAUGGUACGAGAAAAACAGUUGCAAGACCGCGAACAAUUUCGGAUGGAAUCCCAGAACAGUUGGACUAACUGGGCUGUUGACGCAUUGAUUAGAAAACCAAUCGGGUGGGGUUUUGGUAUGAUCAAAGAUAAAUUAAUUGGGACCUCUUAUGAUGAAAGUAACGAGUUUGUGUGUAUUGAGAUUGUUAAAAAACAAUCGGAAUCACUAGAGAACUUAUUGAUGCGACAAAACAAAUAUAACAUUCUUCUUCCGAUGAAAGAUUUUAUGGAUCUGAUCAAAGACUCUGGAAUUAGCGUCGAUGGCAUCAAUCUAGUUCUGCACCAUAUGGUACAGAAACAGUGCGUCUACAUCGAUAGAACAUCGGGUGAUGAUUCUAAGGAAUGGUUACUUAAAUUUGCAGUUCCAGGUGCGAAGGUUCAAUCAAUUACCGACAUCGAAAGGUCGAUAUACAAUCUUGAACAAACUGAACAUGAUUUAUUGAAAGUGGUGGACAAGUUGGACCGAGACAUUGCUGAAGCUAUGGAACAAGUAAAAACAAAUAUACGAGACGGCAAGAAGCAACUUGCUAAAUCAAACUUGAAAAAGAAACACCUAAUUGAGAAGAAUCUAGAAAAGAAAAUGAAUGUACUGGAAAAUGUUCAAACUAUGCUCUCUAGAAUCCAUGAUUCGCAGAGUGAUCGAAACGUACUUGAAGCAUACAAACUGGGUUCAAAUGCUUUGAAGAAUGCCUUUGCUAAUUCUGGUAUCACUUUGGAUAAUGUGGAUGACACCUUGGCUGAAAUGAAAGAAAUUAUGGAUCAACAGGACGAAAUGCAGGCAAUGAUAGGAAUAGCACAAAAUACAGAUGUUGAUGAGUUGGAACUAGAACAGGAACUAUCCGAUCUUAUCGACAUGAAGCUGGCUGAAAACAAUGUUCCGCCAGUACCAAACUCGAAAGACACACAACAACCAAAACCACCUACAGUAGCUGCCGGAGGUCAACCAUCGAUGUCCCAGCUGAACGACUUUGACAAAGAGAUUGAAAAACGUUUAGCGGCAUUGAGGAUGGAAUCGUCUUCACCUCCGUUUGAUGCCUCUUCGGGCAGUAGAAUAAUUGCGAGCAACAUAAGUAACUUGUCUUCCGCUAAUGUGUAACGGAUUAACUGGUUUUUGUUAAACAUGACAAUGAAACUUUUGCUUCGACACGUUCAUGAGCAAUCCAGCAAUCAUAAAAAAUCACUUUCGAAAUGUUUAGAAACCCCGAAAAAAAUAUUUCAAUAUGAAUGUUUCUUGAUUAAACUUUGAUUUUAGUUUUAAGGUCAUUUUCCUGGAGAAAAUCAAAUUAAAUUUCAAUCCAUUCACGGCCUUUCACACGAGUUUGGAAAUAUGUUUGGAGUUUUAGUUAAUAAAAACUUCCCAAAACUAAUGAUUAAAAAACGAGGGUAAU